AUGGUGAAACUCUAUCAUUUAACAAUGAGUCACGACAUAGAGGAAACAGAGAGGUUGAUUACAGCCAAACAUGAGCAUAAAGAUUCAAAAUGUUGUGGUUUCUGGUGUCAACUUAUAAUGUCAUUGCUUGGCAUUAUAUUUCUUUUCACAGGAAUUAUCAUGGCCGAUUUGUGGCCACAGAUAUUUAACAACAUAAUGAAAAACAAACUCGAAUUAGAAAAUAAUACUCUAACUUACAAGUAUUGGAAACAAAUACCAGCGCCAUUGCACAUGAGUGUAUACUUAUUUAACUGGACAAACCCAGAAGCUACGCUACAGACUGGAGAUUUACCAAUAUUGCAACAGCUAGGACCAUAUGUCUUCAAAGAAAACCGUACCAAAGUKAAUGUGACAUUCAACAAUAAUGAAACAGUAACAUACAUGCAGUUAAAAAGUUGGGAGUUUGAUCAAUCUCUUUCAAACGGCUCAUUAUCUGACCGUGUUACCACAAUUAAUAUUGUGGUUAAUAUUUUGGGUGAAAAACUACAAGCCAUAAAUAAACAUUGGAUAUUUGUCCUUACUAACUAYUAUUUGAAAAUGUCAAAUAUUAACAAUCCAUAUGUAACGAGGACAGCUAGCGAAUUACUUUUCAGUGGUUACGAUGAUCCGCUUUUGGACAUUGCAAUCAAACUAAAAGCUUUUUUCCCCGUUGACAUACCGUUGAAAAAAGUGGGAUGGUUAUAUGGUAUGAAUAUGUCUACUUCUUCAGAUGGCUUAAUCAAUAUGUUUACUGGGAAAAAUAAUAUUGAAAAUGUUGGACUUGUGCAUUCGGUCAAUUACAAUACUAAGCUGAAUGUGUUCMAGAAGGAUUGUAGUUAUUCAAAUGCUUCGGCAGGUGAUCUUUGGCCUGAACACACUGCAAUGCAACCUAACAUGUCAAUUUAUAUACCCGGUAUUUGCAGUGCAAUUACUAUGCUAAAUAACAACUACACAUUUAUUAAUGGUAUAAAAGGAGUUGAAUUUGUUGCUGGAUCAGAUGUUUUUAACAAUACCUGUUACUGUCCAAAAUCUGGAUGUCUGUUACCUGGUGUACGGCCAUUAAGCUUAUGUGGAGACAAUGCGCUUCCUAUAUUCAUAUCAUUUCCACAUUUCUAUUUAGCUGAUGAAUCAUACAAACAGUCAGUAAUUGGUAUGAAUUCUAAUCGGACUUUGCAUGAAUUCAAAAUGGUUUUAGAAAAUGAUUAUUCAAUACCACUCAGAGUAGAUGCUAGACUUCAAUUUAAUGUCAAAGUAAAACCAGUCAAGGAAUUCAAAAUUCUAAAGAACAUGCCAGAAAUCUAUUUCCCUGUGUUUUGGUUUUCUGAAAGUUUUGAAAUUCCACGCAAUAUGUCCGACCAAUUGUUGAUUGUUACAGAUGUAUUACCAAUUUUUGUUCCUUACAUAUGGCUCAUAUUGGCAUUGUCUGGAUGUAUAAUGCUAGUAUUUAGCACUUACUUAUGGGUGAACAGAAAAAAUGAAUCCUUCACCAUCUUGGACCCCUUGUGAUAAAGACAUAAACGUUUUUAUUUUGUGACGAUCUCAAUAUUCCUUAAGAAAAUAUAUCAAACUAAAUACAUCACU